AAUAAAAGCUUUCCGCGUUGAUUAGCAGCAAUUGAAUUUGCAAAGCUAUAUUUUCUUCUUCAGUAAAUUGCUGAUUGCGGGCAAUUGCGGACGCGCAAUAAGCUCGCUCGUUGAUAUGAGAAAAACAUUUUUAAAAAAUAUUGUGUAGUGUGUAAAUAAAAAAGCAAUUCUCAGGGAAAUAUACAAGAAUGUACCUGACUCUUCGCACAAACUUCCACUCCCUACGUGGCUUUGCAUCUUCUACUGGUGCUGCCACAUCACAACUUCCAUCAAUCCCCUCGUGUGACUUUGAAGCACCCCCAUAUCGUGGACCAUCUUAUGAGCGGAUUGUUGAGAUUCAGAAGACACGUUUAACGCCCAAUGUUACCCCCUACUACCGCAAACCCCUUCUCAUUCAUUCGGGCAAAAUGCAAUGGCUCUUCGAUCAUGAGGGACGUAAAUAUUUGGAUAUGUUUGGGGGUAUUGUAACAGUUUCCGUUGGGCACUGCCAUCCAAAGGUGAAUGCUGCACUCAGUGCACAAAUGGAGACACUGUGGCACACCACCAACAUCUACAUGCACCCCAAGAUUCACGAAUAUGCCGAGAGGAUUACGCAAACAAUGCCCGGUGACCUCAAAAGGGUGUACUUUGUAAAUUCGGGCAGUGAAGCAAAUGACCUGGCGAUGCUCAUGGCACGCCUACAUACGGGAAAUCACGAGAUUGUUUCCUUCCGAAAUGCCUACCAUGGUGCAUCACCCCUCACAAUGGGCAUCACGGCUCAUUCAACGUGGAGAUUCCCCCUGCCGGGUGUUAGCAAUGGCAUCAUUCAUGCUAUGAAUCCGGAUCCCUACCAGGGGCACUGGGGUGGACGCUACUGUCGAGAUUCUGUGGCUCAAACAAUCAGGGAGUGCGAAUGCCCAGCUGAUGGUGCCACAUGUGCAGCUACGGACAAAUACUACCAUGAACUCGAGCAGAUUUUCCGUUUCUCCCUCCCACGCGGCAGGGUGGCAGGAAUGUUUGCUGAAUCAAUUCAAGGUGUUGGUGGAACUGUACAAUACCCAAAGGGGUACAUUGCAAAAGCAGCAAAGUUGGUACGAGCCAAUGGGGGUAUCUUCAUUGCGGAUGAAGUACAAUCGGGCUUUGGACGGACAGGUGAUCAUUUCUGGGGCUUCGAAGGACAUGGAAUCAUUCCGGAUAUUGUAACAUGUGCCAAGGGUAUUGGCAAUGGAUUCCCCAUUGGUGCAGUAAUUACAACACCUGAAAUUGCUCAAUGUUUGGAUCGUGCAUUGCAUUUUAACACUUACGGUGGGAAUCCUCUGGCAAGUGCAGUGGGGAUUGCUGUGCUGGAUGUCAUUGAGGAGGAGGAGCUACAGAAGAAUUCCAAAAUUGUGGGCACACAACUCCUAAAGGGUCUUCUUGAAUUGCAAAAGAAAUACGAAAUUAUUGGGGAUGUUAGAGGGAAGGGUCUUAUGAUUGGUGUGGAAUUGGUGGAAGAUCGAACUACGAGGAAACCCCUUAGUACACCUCAUGUUAUUGAAAUUUGGGAGAAAUGCAAAGAUAUCGGUGUCCUUCUAGGCAGAGGUGGUCUCAAUGGGAAUGUGUUCCGCAUUAAACCUCCCAUGUGCAUUAACACACACGAUGUAGCGUUCACACUGCAAGCCCUUGAUCAUGUUCUCGAGAGUCAAAGUACAUUGUGGUGAUGAUCAAUUCCUCUCACCAGGCACUACGCAUUAAACCACCAAUGUGUAUCACAAUGGAUGAUGCUGACUUUACACUGGAAGUCCUCGAGGAUGUCCUUUUGGCGCAUUUUAAGAAAAAACGUCGCAAUGUGCUGAGGUGAAACCUUUUUCUUUUCUUUCAUCAUUCCUUUAACAUUCCUUCAUUGUUACUCUAUGCGAAAAUGUAACAAUUUGCUGCCAUUUUCAUAAUUUUUCUUAUUAAAAAACAAAGUUUUUAGUGUCUAUACACAUGUAAUUAACAUAAAUACAAGACAUACCUAUCAUUUGUUUUUUUUCAAAGGUCUUUACAGAAUAAAACUACAUAAAAUUUCAUUAAAAUUCAUUAAAAUUAAAAUGAUGUAAAAAAA